CUUCGUCUUUGCUUUGAUAGGCUUUGUUCCUAACAUGUUCGCAACGCUAACAGUUUUUCAAUUACAAAGGCAUUACAAUAAAUAGUUACACGAUGGGACUUAUACCACAUCAAAUGAUAACUAUGUUAUUGUUAUUGUUAAUAAUUAUGGAUGUUCAAAGUGCAAAAUUAAAAACCCAUAAGAAAAAUAAACGUGAUGAGAAGGACAUUACAAAUUAUAGACUUAAUGGAACUAAUGAUGGACAUGGCCCGCAUAAUAAAGAUUCAAGCAACGAGGGAAAGAAAACAAAAGAGAAGCCAGACAUGAUGCAAAAAAUUUUGCCAAUGAUGAUAACUCCGUUCAUGAUUUCUACUUCAAUUAUACCGAUGAUGCUGAUGUCUCUAAAAUUUAUGAUGAUGAAGAGCGCAUUAGUAGGUUCAGUGGCGGUCGUUUUAAUGUUAAUGAAUAUGCUAAGAGGUAUAAAUAAUAACGGAGGUGUGUUAACGCAUAAUUUAAACCAAAGGGACCUGGCGUUGGCCCAUUAUGGUUAUGGUGGCGAUGAAGAGUAUGGGGCGUAUGUUAACAAAAGGAAAAGAAAAAGGAAUAAAACCCAAACCAGCCCACGGAGGCCCAAGGGUCCGUGGGCCACCACCGCCAGGAAAGGCCCAAAUGGCCCCAGACGACUUACGAAACUCAAAAAAGCGGAGUUGCCAGAUUGGGCAAAAAUUCCCAGAACCUGGGAAUUUUCAAAAACCUGUGGAAUCCCAACAAAAGAAGAUCAGGGACCUCUCCAACAAGAAAAGGAAACUCUCCGAGAAAAACGAACAAGCCAACAACAUCAAGAAAGCAACCCACAACCAGAGACGACAGAACAAACCAAACUCAAGACACCCAACCACAACCAAAUACCUAAGAAGCCCACCAACCAAGAGGCCCCACAAGGGAUAGUUCAAGACUCCACUCAACUGCCUUCAGGUCCAAAUAACCCGACCAUAGGGCUUAAAGAAAAUCCUGACCCAGUGGUCAAAAUCCCACCAAUUGUCAUCAGGCAAAAAGGAAACUGGACCACUCUCUCCAGGGACCUGAUAAACAAGAGCAUCAAAUUCCACAAAGCCCAGAGCAUUGCUGAUGGAAUAAGAGUCUUCCCCACCACCCCAGACGACUUCAGGAAACUCACCGCCUACCUAAAUGCUGAGAAUAUACUGUAUCACAUCUUCCAACUCCCGGAAGAAAAACUUCUCCACAUAGUUAUUCGCGGAAUACCCACCGAGAUAGACAUCAAAGAAAUCGUCAAGGCACAAAACAAACCGGAAAUUAAUAUUAAGGAUAUAGUUCAAGAAUUAAUAUCUGAAAUUGUAAAAAUAUGCCAAAGCAUCCUGACCAGCGACAAAAGUUUUAUUGUACCUGCGGCAUCAUCCAGUCAGAGUAUUUCUGGUACACUGAAAAAAAAGGCCAUAUCAAAACUACAACAACAACUGACAAGUAGAAAUACUCGAUCUAGACCUACCAGGAGAUCGCAAUCAAAGACAGAAUCCGUCUUAUCCAUCUCCUCGGAUAAACGAAAACGACAAAAAGAGGGCGACGAUUCAGCUGAGUCAGACAACAGCAAAAAAACUGACAAAAAUGGACAAAAAAACAAAACGGUGGCCAAAAGGCAAACCCCAAAAAACCCCAAGAAUAUAAUGAAAUGA